AUAGUCAAUGUUAGUUAUUUGUAGUGCCACCCACAACGAAGAGCGAUAUGUUAAUACUUCUCCAACUGUGAUAUUAACCUUAGAAAAUAAAUAGGUUAAAACAUUGGAACAGUUUUGGUAUAAAAAGGCGGACGGAAUACUAAACCUCAAAACAGUAACAAAUAGUUUCAUAGUCGAAAUGAUACUAAAAGUUUUUACAUUUACACUGUGCUUAGUAUUCCUUAAUACAGCAUGGAGUAAGCCACAACUGGAUCUCGAUAAACACUUUGCAAAUCAGGACAGUGAUACUUCUCAAGAACGUAUUGUGGGUGGUGCAGGGAUUUCUAAUGACGAAUUUGUACCCUAUCAAAUUUCGAUGCAAUUCAAAGCUAGAGAUGGUAAACAACAUCAUUUUUGUGGAGGUUCCAUAUUAUCGCCAAAUCGUAUUUUAACUGCGGCUCACUGUGUAAACGGACAAGAUGCAAAGCGAAUUUCUGUUCUAGCAGGCAUAAGAGAUUUAACUGAUGAAGGAGGACAGCGCUCACAAGUACUGUCCUAUGAGAUGCAUGAAAACUAUGAGGAACUCGUUACUAGCGAUAUUGCUAUCUUAACUAUAGACCCACCAUUGCAAUUGGAUGGUGAAAAGGUUGAUAAGAUAGAUGUCACUGGUAACGACAGAGUUGGCGGGGGUCAACCCGUCACUAUAACUGGUUGGGGAGCUCUUUGGUAUUUCGGUCCAGGAAUCUUCAAUAGAUUACCUACACGUAUGCAAAAACUUGAAUACAAAACAAUAACAAACGAUAAUUGCAAACUGAUUAUGUCGCAGCUGACGGAUACUGAGAUCUGUGCAUUGGAACGAGUCGGAAAAGGUGCAUGUAGAGGUGACUCUGGUGGUCCUUUAGUAAUGCAAAAUGGAGAAAGUCUUAAACAAGUCGGUGUAGUUUCUUAUGGUACUGCAAUUUGUGCUACUAACAGUCCUGAUGUGUAUACACGUGUUUCAAUGUUUGAUGAUUGGAUACAAAAACGAAUGACAUAAAUCCGAAAUAUAAUGUUAAUGAAUAAUUAAAUUUGUUAAUAUGUUAAUGUUA